AUAAAGCCAUCCCAUCUCCCACACACACUCACAGGUGAACAGCUGCAGCAGCGAUGGAUCCAAACCCCAAGAACUUCCCUAUCCUCUCCUACGUCAUGGCCAAGCUCCCCGCCGUCAAACGCUCCUUCUCUGGCGUUCCCGCUGAUUUCGACGUCGAGAACCCGGCUGACCCGGAGCCCAAGCCCCAGGAGCCUCACUUCGAGCUCACCGAGAGAAUGCCGCACCUCAAGAACCCCAAACUCAUCUCCGCCAUGCGCCGUGCUGUGAACGAUGUUGCGCAGACCCGAUCCGCCCUGGUAACCCUCGGCACCCGACCCGAUCACGAGGCUGUCGACGCGGCCCGGUUCAGACUUUCUGAACUUAAGGCUCAAUCUUUCGGAGAUGUGGAACAACAGAAUGAGGAUUAUAAGAUUUAUGAGGCGGUGAUUACGCUGGAUGAGAUGCACGAGGCGUAUGAGAGGAUGUUGAGUGAGGCGGAGAGGAGGUUGGAGAGGAUUUACGAGGCGGCGGUGGCCGGGGAUGAGUUGAUUGAGGAGGAUGGGGGAAAUGAGGGGAGGGUUUUGGAGGAGGAGGAGGAAAUGGAUGAGAAAGUAGUGGAGAUUUUGAAGGAGGCGGAAUCGGGGAAGGCGCUUGAGAGGGUGGAUUUGUCAAACAGAAAGUUGAGGGAUUUUCCGGAGGCCUUUGGGAAGUUGAAGUCGUUGGUUGUGCUGAAUUUGUCCAAUAAUCUGCUUGAGGCAAUUCCUGACUCGGUUGCUGGAUUAGAGAAUCUUGAGGAGCUCAAUAUUUCAGCUAAUCUUUUAGAGUCAUUGCCUGAUUCCAUUGGCCUGUUGUUUAAGUUGAAGAUCUUAGAUGUUUCUGGAAACAAGCUUACCGCCCUGCCUGACAGUAUUUCUCAUUGCAGGUUGUUGGUGGAGCUGAAUGCAAGUUUCAACAAACUCACUUACCUACCAACAAAUAUAGGUUUUGAACUGGUGAAUCUUGAAAGGCUCAUAAUCUACCUGAACAAGAUUCGCUCUCUUCCUACAUCUAUUGGUGAGAUGAAAUCUUUGCGCCUCUUGGACGUGCAUUUCAAUGAGCUCCAUGGUCUUCCACAUUCAAUUGGAAAGUUGACCAAUCUUGAGACCCUUAAUCUUAGCAGCAACUUCAGUGACCUGACUGAGCUUCCCGAUACAAUUGCUGAUCUGACCAGCCUGAAAGAACUUGAUCUGAGCAACAACCAGAUUCAUGCAUUGCCUGACACCUUCGGUCGCUUAGUGAACUUAACUACACUGAAUGUGGACCAGAACCCUCUUGCAAUACCUCCGAAGGAGGUUGUGGCUGAAGGAGUUGAAGCAAUCAAGGAUUAUAUGGCCAAAAGAUGGGCUGAGACACAAGCUAGUUUAUUAACUCGAAGCACCUCCUGGUUGAGUACCUUUGUAUCUAAUGUUACUGGUACCGUUUCAGGAUACUUGGGAGGCAUGGGAAAAUCAAAUGCUGACCCUUACCUGGAUCAGCAGCUAUAACUUCAUCUUCUAGUUAUUUCCCUUUUUCCUUUAACCACAUAAACAUCUGAAGAGGAAGGAUCAACUACUAUCUGUUGUCCCAUUGUUGUAUGUGAAAAGUUGAAACUUGACAUGAUUCUAAAUUUAAGAAAAUAUUCUCUCAAUGAUUGAAUAUUACUUUUCAACAAGUUGAAUCUUAGACUUGUGUACAAUGUCGAGAACACUUAUUUCUCUGUAAUUUUGUUUAAAAGAAUUUACUUGAUUAGAGUUCA